UGGAAUCUCAGUCUGGGUUACUUGGAAGAACGGCGCCCGGCGCCCGAGACGCUCGACGCUGCCAUGGAGCCGACCUCAGGGCCGGUGGCCGCCGCGUGUGUCGCGGUCUUCCUGGCCGUCCACUUCCGCAUGAUGGGCCCCGAGAUCUGGCGAGCCUUCACCGAGUACUUACAGAUGUUCCAACCCAAGCCACAGGACUCCGUGGAGGAGGUGGCCAUGAAGAAGAGAAUCGAGGAGGGCUUGCUGGAGGUCCGGCAGAAGAAUUACAUCUUGAGUGCCAGGCUUUUCGUACACCUGAUGGCCGGGACGCUGCUGCUCCUUCUGAAGAUCUCGGUGCAAACGCCCAUCCGCGAGAACUGGCUUAGCUUGCUGCUGCCGUCGAUGGUCUAUCUCCAGCAUCUCCUGGUGGGCAGCGGGCUCCUACAACCAGGUCGCAGCCAGGUGCGGCGCUAUGCGCUGAUGAACUACUUCGAGUUCGCGGCGAUCCUGGUGCUGGACCGCGCACUUCAGGUGCCGGACAGCGUGAUUACAGAGAAGUUCGUGCUGGCCAAUCGCUUCGUGCUAAGCAUGGUCUUCAUGGACACGCAGCUCACCGCGGGCGGCCAACUGCUCUUCUUCUUGGGAAAUGUCGGGUUGAACUGGUACUCCGGCGGUCCGUCCCUCGGCAUGAACCUGUUCGAGGAGCUCCAGCUUUGGUCGGCCACAGUGGGGCUCUCGGCCAUCCUGGAGUUCCUCGUCUGCGCGCGGCUCCGCGCGGCCCUCGACGCGGCGCAGCACGAGGCGCUGCUGGGCUCGGUGCAGCGGAUCCUGCGCGGCGUCUGCGACGGGGCGGUGCUGCUGGACGAUGAGCACCGGGUGCAGGGCACCGCGGAAUGCUUGAAGCACCUCCUGAUGAGCAGCACAGAGAUGGACGGGAAGAACUUCCUCCAACUGCUCAUGCCAGAGGAGCACCAGCGCUUCCAAGACUUCCUCCAUCGUGACCUCGACGGCGAGGGCCCCGACGAGCCCAGCUCCGCGCCGCGCUGCCUGCGCGCCUCAAUGAGGAGCUCCAUGGACACGCGCGUGGGCGCCGACAUUUUCCACGUCCCUGUCCCUUGGCUGAAUGGUGCGCAGCGGCCCUAUCAUUUGCUGGCGAUCCGCGAGGAUGUCGAGUCCCGCGAAGUUCCCGAGGCCGACGCGUCGCUGCCGCUGCCGCGCGGCCUGGCCUCGCCGACCGCGGCGCCGCGCGGGCGGCGCUCGAGCGCGUCGUCGCGCUCGAGCGCGACGUCGGUGCAUUGGGCGAUGCCGGAGCUGUCACAGGUGAUGUUGAUGGUGGACACGGCGACGCCCCAACUGGAAGUGGAGCAGGCGCAUCUGAGCUUCCUCCGUGCUGGCAAGUCCUUGGCCGCGUUGCGGGAGCUGGUACGACCCACCGAGUGGGAGACGGUGCGCGGGGAGAUCGAGCAUUACCUGCUGGGCCAUGAGGAGGCAAAGGAGCCGCUUCAUCUUCGACCGCUGCGCUUCCGGAUGAGCGAAGGCUCUAAGGACUACAUGGUGGCUGAGCGCGUGGAAAUCUCCGUCUCGGGCGGCGCGAACCGGGGCGCUCCGAAGUUGGUGUGCCACUUGGAAGACUUCACACGUGAAAGUUCCAAGAGGAAGACAGCAGUGCUAGAGGGCAUUGCUGAGUCUUUGACCAAGUGAGCUUUGCCCCUUGUGGCAAGAGAUUCUUUAGCUGAUCAACGCCCCAAUCGCUCCUCAAAAAGAGGUGGGAGGCAGACAACAUUCACCCAAUGGGGGAAAAUGCACUAGGAGGCUGGGUCAAAGAACUUUGGUUAGCC